GGGGAUCAGUCUCUGGGGAUCAGUCUCUGGGGAGAAGGCCCAGCUUCUCUUCGGCUCCCCGUUAAUCAGCAUCACUUUCUUCAGGUGUGUUCAUGCUGGAACGCAGCCAGGAGCACAACAGGUGAGUUGACUGAUCCGUUUCCUCGUUUUUCUCCCAGCUACUCAAACGAGGCAAACUACCAGGCUGCCGGCGGGGAAAGAGAGACGUUGAGGCCGGGAUACCAAGCACCGAACCCCGGGGUGAUGAUGUCUCAGAGUCGGGUGACAGGAGCCAUCACUCACCGGUGGUUUUAAAAGACUGGGGCUGCACCUGAAGCACCUUCAUCACUUCGUCAUCAUCGUCCAUGUGACGGCUGAAGACUCCACAUCCUCCAUCUGUUCAUCGUCUCCUCGGAGCUUCACUCAGUUCUUCCUCCGUCGAGUCAUGAAUCCCCACGAAAACACACAACCACCACCAAAUUCACCUCCUGACCUUCACGAUAUUUCCCAUGAUGCCUCUCUGUCGGCCUCCUCUCCGUCUCCUGCGCUCAUCCAGACGGGUCACAGCUCGGUGACGGUUCUGAGCCGUAACGUCCAUCACUAUCGGGCCUCACCGGACCAAGAUGGAGGUCACGACCCGGUCCCAUCAGCGUCUCCAUCCUCAGAACCACGCUUCGUCUUCAGAUCCAGUCCUCAGUCCAGCCUCGUUUCAGUCCCGUCUCCGGUCUCGGCUCCCACACCGCCACCUCGCCCCACCCCCCUCCUGCCAGGUCUCCAUCAUCGUCCCGUCCCCAGACCUCCACCCGUCCCCUUUCCCGACUCAGUGCUCCGAGGACGACGGCCCGGACCUGGAGUGCUCCGUCUGCUUCAGCCAGUUCAACAACGUCUUCCGCUGUCCCAAGAUGCUCCAGUGCAAGCACACGUUCUGCCUGGAGUGCCUGGCGCGCAUCAACGUCAAGUCGUCGGAGCCCGGCGCCAUCCAGUGCCCGCUGUGCCGCGGCCUCACGCCGCUGCCGGCCCUCGGCCUGCCGCGACUCGCCACCAACUUGGACAUGCUGUCCUACCUGCCGGCCGCCAUGCAGAGGGUCUACAGCAUCCGCUUCCAGCGCAGCAAGGGGAAGCUGGAGGUCAAAAGGUCGUCUGAAGGUCAGAGGUCGCUGACAUCUCUGAGUAUGACGAACCGCUCCCUGGACGUGGGGCUUCCCAGCCCGCCUUCCAGGGCCAUCGGUGAGGUGCCCGGCGGCGGCGGCGGCGGCGUUGGCGACGCUCUGUUCAGACUGACGGGCCGGCCGGCGUGCCGCGCCGUCCUCCUGACGUCCGUGGUGAUGAUGAUGGCGCUGCUGACGGGCAUCAUCAUCUUCCUCAUCCUCUUCAAUAGAACUGAAUGAGCAACAUCUGGCUCAGUGCUGGUUAGAGGAAGAGACGAUCCAGAUGUGUUGGAGGCUCUAAACCAUCACCAUGACAACGUCCUGCCCAGAGUCACAAACAACACUGUAAACUGAGACGCAGUCGACUUAUGACGUUACCGGAAGCUUCAAAUACGCAACAAGUUUUUUGGGGGAAAAAUGCAAAAAAAUCACCACUUUUUAAUGUCUCCAAUUUCAUGUUGCAAAACGUCAUCCUAGUAAAACGAGACGGCAGAGAAGAGUCGAACAGUAGACGUGUUGUAAGACUAUGAAACAAAAGAUUAAUGGAUGGUUUAUUAUAUUAAAAGCUCAAAGCCUCUGGGUUAAACAUGAAGGUAUUAAAAACAUACUGUUACUAACCUAAAAUAAUAUUUAUAAUAACAAUAAUAAUGUAUAUAAACUCUUCUUCAAAUUCUCUGUUUAAACUUUCAGCACUUUAAAAAAAAGAAAAAGCCAGCGACUGGAUGUUACAUGUCAGUGUGUGUGUCGGUGUUUACUUCCUGCAGCUCUUUCAGUGUGACACAGAUCGAGACGCUCUAACGUUCACGUGACGCUGGAACAACGUUUCUGGAGAACGAAGGGUUAGGUCACCUCUAGAGCGGACGGUCCUGCUUUUAUGCCUCCAGGUUUUCAGGUGAUGUUGCAUAUGAAUCAUCAGAAUGUCUCUCAUGAAAACUCUUGGUUCGGUUGACUAAACGAUUGUCUGCAAAGGUUUAUUUAUUCUUUUUUAAACGUUCUUUUUCAUUACCCUCUAAUAUUUUUGUGUGGAGGCAGAAAUCUGAUACAAUAACCUAAAAACCUGGAGGGAUAAAAGAGAAACUAUCUGCAUGACUGGACACAGGGAAGAGUUUUUGCUCUGGUGAAUCGACCCUUUUAAAAAAAAAAAGAGGAGGAUGUGUUUUAACGGAGCGAUAAAGGUCUCAUGAAUUUACCUUUUCCACAAAAAACACUUUGACUUGCAAAUCAAACAAGCCGUCCAAAGAUCACAAAAGAUCUUUCUGUUACAGUUUGAGAGGGAAAUAGUUUUAAUCCCAUGUUGUUGUUUUAUGUGUCUUCUAUGUUGUGUACUUUGUGUUUUUAGGCUCUGACCUGUUUUACUUGGAAAUGUAAAAUAAAUAAUUUUUAUAUAUUUAUACAACAGUUUU